AUCAUCGAAGUCGACGACAUUUUAUUGCACUCGGAUCAACUCGUCCUCUUCCUUGUUCACUCACUUCGAAAUCCGUGUUUGGGGUCAAUGUCGAUUUCUGUCUGAAUUAUUCGUUCCGUCCGACAAGGUGCAUUAGGUCAUCAUGACGGAUUUGGGCAAAAGCGAAUUCCAACUGCCAAGAGCGAGAAGAAAUCUGCCCUCACAUUCCAGUCAAGAAGACAAAGUCGACCAACCACAGAAGAUGAAGCACAACCUCAUUUCACGGGCUAAGGCCAAGUCAAGUUUGAUUGUGUGGUCGCUCAUCUUUGUGCUCUACAACGCCUAUCUCGCAUACGCCAUAUACUAUCAUGUGCAUGAAGAUACAAAUUGGGAGUGGUGUGAUGGUUUGGGUUUCUUACUCAUACUGACUUGUGUAGUGUACGUCUUUAUGAUCUAUAGCUUCCUCAUUAGCCCGCACUUACAUCUGAUCCCCGGACAAGCCACCGUGGGCUCCCUGUACGACCAGGCCUUGUCAAAAAAAGUAGUGAGGAUCUUGCUCUACGUCGUGACUGUGGCGGCCAUUCUCACUUUCCUUGUGAUUGAUUGCUGGGAUGAGCCUAACCGAUUGAUUUCUGUGGGAGGGAUUCUCGUGUUUGUGCUUGUGGGAACAGUCUUCUCGAAGCACCCUUUGAAGAUUAAUUGGCGUCAAGUAACGUGGGGAUUGGCUCUCCAGUUCAUCUUUGCGCUUCUCAUCCUCCGUUGGGAGUUCGGUCGGGAUGUGGUGGAUUGCUUGGGCGAGAAGAUCAGUCAGCUCUUGAGUUUUACCGACGCUGGAAGUGGAUUUGUGUUCGGAUAUUUGGUCAACCGACAGCCUUUCGUAACUAGUGCCUUGAAUAACGAUAGUAUAGCGUUCAAUGUUACUCAAGAAGUGAACAUUAAUAAGGCAAUUGCAGAUGUGGUGGUGUUCAAGUCUUUGAGCGUGAUCUACUUCUUUUCCUUCAUCAGUAAUGUCCUCUUCUAUGUGGGAGCCAUCCAAUGGUUCACAGUCAAAAUAGGUUGGAUCCUUCGAAUUUCCAUAGGCACAACCUACUGCGAGUCCCUCAAUGCGGCUUCCAACAUCUUCUUGGGCCAAUCCAUGGCCCCGUUACUCAUCCAGCCCUAUCUACCACGCAUGACGCGAUCAGAGAUCCACACCGUGAUGACCAGCGGUUUUGCCACGAUUGCGGGAACCGUCAUGGCCGCUUACAUAACAUUUGGUGUAUCGCCCUCUCAUUUGCUCUCCGCCUCAGUCAUGUCAGCUCCGGCUGCUUUGGCGUGUGCUAAAAUUCUUUAUCCCGAAACUGAGGACUCACAUAUCUCCGAAGAAGAUAUUCAACUCACCAGUAUGGAUUCUGAUGGACAAAAGGCUAGCAACAUCCUGGAUGCGGCCACUAGAGGUGCCACGGUAGCCGCGACUCUGGUGCUAAAUAUAACGGCCAUCGUGGUGGCCUUUAUCGCAAUGGUGGCCUUCCUCAAUUCAAUCGUGUCAUUCCUCGGAGGAUUGGUGGGUCUUGCUUACAUUGACUUUGAAUGGAUUGUGGGCAAGGUUUUCAUUCCCGUGGCCUACAUGAUGGGAGUACCUUGGGAGGAAACAGAAAUCGUCGGAGGUUUGAUAGGCAUCAAGACCGUGGUGAAUGAAUUCAUUGCCUACCGGCAAUUGGGUAUCAUCCUCGAAAACGACGGCUUAAGUGCCAGAUCGUCCGCCAUUGCUACUUACGCUUUAUGUGGCUUUGCCAAUCCUGGAAGUGUGGGUGUUCAAAUUGCUCUUCUUAGCGGCCUUUGCCCUGCCAGGAAAUCGGACUUUGCCAAUAUCGUUGGCAGGGCAUUUGUGGCCGGCACCAUGGCAUGCUUCAUGACGGCCUGUAUUGCCGGAGCUCUGUUAUCCAGUGACGGAAUUCAAUUUGAUUCUUAACCAUGAUUUAACUUGCUGAGACGUUCAAUUGUAGGAGGAUCAUUACUCUUUCCGAGGAAACUAAGGAAACUAGGAAACUACAAGUCGAUUAUAGAACUAGAGAACUUUUCGGUUGUUUUGCUGAGGCUCAAUCCUCCGCCCACACUGCAAUUUGCCCACACGAAUUUAAAACUUCAAUAAAAGAGAAAUUGUUCUCCGUUCCUUGCCUACUCUCUAUUGUGUGUGCGCGCGCUGUUUUGUUGCUUUAGUUGUCAGUUCACAGUUGUCAUAAUCGGUUCCGAAGUGGAAACAAGUGUGGCCAUUUGGUGUUCAGAGCAUUUCACCAAUUUACGACGGAUAUACUUUGCAGCACUUCACCAAGGAGCACUAGUCAUGCAAAUCAGAUCACUCAAGUGUAAGCAUUGAUUGAUCAUAACCAAAAGAAGAGGACAUUUGCAUGAGCACUGUUCAGUUUUUCCUAACAUAACCAUAGCCACAUCUCACAAGGUUCAACCUUGUUUAUUGUGAUUCUCGUUAGCUCCUCAACGUACUUCCGUUGCUCGGUGAAACGAUCAGCAGGUCAGAAAUAGUAAUAGAAAUAAAUAUGAGCUCUACCAAAUCGACCCAUCGAGCUUCCAAGCAUGAAGGCCCCCAAGGCCAGCAUUCACAAUCCUGCAAUCCUACGAAUGCGGACGGCCAAGACGAUGACCAUAUCGUCCAUAACCUUGAUCCAGACAUGUCUCCUAGUGACGUCUCGCUUCUCCGAUCACGAAGUCGCCGAAGGUCGAAGAUUCCCCUUUGCGUGGCCGAUGAGUCGACCGUGAUCCCUACACAGAAGUUACCAAAAGAUUUUGAAAGCACACCCGUAAAUUUUGUGGUGGGCCAUGCCUACACACCCGAUGACUUUCACGUCCAACUUUUAUCCAAAGUUCAUCUUUUGGACCAGCUCAUGGACGACAUGAAUGCAUUUUAUUGCGACCAUACCGUGACAGAUUAUUCUCUCUCGUAUGACUACCCCAGGAUUCAAGGAUUACUGGUGGCGGCUAUUUAUGUUGAAGAGGACACGUGGAAGUCAGCAUGGUGGCAUCGAGCCAUUAUAUUACAUGUGGAAGAUCUUGAUCGUGUUCACGUCAAGUACCUAGAUUAUGGCACGUUGGGCGUGGUCCAUCUGAGUUACGUGCGACUUUUGCGUCGAGAGUUUUGUAAAUUGUCCAUUCAGGCUAUUCCAGCCCGGCUAAAAGGUAUAAAGCCUUUUGGUAAGACGAAACAUUGGUCUUUGAAGGCUAUUGCCGUUUUUCGAGAAGCCUGCUGGAGGGCUAAUAACUUCAACAGGGGUGGUGUGGUGGCCGUAGAGAUAAGGCGUGGUAAGUUGAACCGACUAGAUCUUGUUUUGAUCGACACUUCAAGCAAUACUUUGACGGAAGGCGUGAAUUUAAGUGAAGAACUCCUCCGACUGCACCUAGCCAGCCACAAACCGAUAUCCAUUUUUGGAGAAUCCUCGGAAGAGUCUUGGACUAGCAUAUCACAGGAGCCGUCAUUAAAAGUGGAUAAUGUGUAUUGCCCAAAAGUGAAUGUCAACGACCAGGACCAACAAUUGUGUGAAUAUGACCAGAAAACUAUGGAUAUGGUGCUGGCCAUGAGUGUGGAAAGAGUCAGGCCUUGGCUGGAGAACGAAAGCAAUCUAUUUGAUGUAUAUGAUGAUAUUUGUAUGGAUAUGAUCAAUCUCUGUUUGAGUGAUGUCAGUAAUCUAUCCAACCCAAGCCGUUCUAAUUGAUGCUAUGAUUGCAAAAUCAUUGAUCAUCCGUGAAAGGAUCCACAGUUGUUACCAAGAAGUAUGAAUAUUAAAACGUU